UUCCUCGUCGCUAGGUGUCACUAUAGGCGUAUGGAAUGCGAAACGAGUAAGAAUUUGCGCAUGCGCGUGUAAAGUCUACGUCAGCUCUGCGCCCUCUUAAAUCCUCCCAGCUACGUGGCGUCACUCUCUACGACUCGCUCCUCAACAAGCAAUCCCUGAAAAGCAAAGAAAACCUCAAGCACCAUGGAUCAGGUCAUGCAGUUUGUUGAGCCGAGCAGGCAGUUCGUCAAAGACUCCAUAAGGCUGGUGAAAAGAUGUACCAAACCCGACAGAAAAGAAUUUCAGAAAAUUGCAAUGGCCACAGCUAUUGGAUUCGCCAUCAUGGGAUUCAUCGGCUUCUUCGUCAAACUCAUCCACAUCCCUAUCAACAACAUUAUUGUUGGUGGUUAAAUUCCAAUCAAACACAGAAGAUGAGCAUCUGGAAUCAGAAGACAGACAUGCAACGUUCUGAUGAGGGGAGGGGAACAGAAGGAGUGACAUUUUUAUUACAUUCUGUAGUCAACAUUUCUAUUAUGCUAUGUAAAUAAUAAAAAAAAACAUGCAAUGGGA